ACAUUAUUUAAACCAACCCUUCCCUCCCCACCACUUACUACUUACUUCCCCCUCUCUCUCCGCCUCUCGACUCCCAAUCCAUGCCGCUCCGCCGUACCACCAACACCCAUAACCUCCGACCACUAAAUCAAAAUGGCUACUCAAGACUCUCAGUCAUUCCACUGGCGUUACGACGAGCUCGACGAUAAGAACUUCCAAAUUAGAGGCCGGACACUCUUCUUCAUCAUCGUACUCUUCUCCGUCAUCUUCUUGAUAACACUUCUCUUCCUCUACGCCCGCUGGAUCUGCCGGUCGUCCUCCUCUUCAGCCGCCGUCUCUGAUACCACCACCUUGUCCCCCCACGUCCGGCCCUGUUCACGGCCUCAAGGCCUGGAUUCCGCCCUGAUCGAUAGUCUACCGAUCACUCUGCACCAUCGGCCUUCCACAUCGUCGGUGUCUUCCGGUGAGUCGGAGUGUUGUAUUUGUAUCGGAGAAUUUGAAGAAGGGGAGAAAGUGAAGGUGUUGCCGAAUUGCUGCCAUACUUAUCACUGCGAGUGUGUAGACAAAUGGCUCACCACUCAUUCCAGCUGUCCUAUUUGCAGAGCUUCACUCGUAGUCGACUCACCCGUUUGACUCGGUUUUUUUUCUCUUUUUGCUAGGAAUGUAUGCAAUUGCAAACCAAAUAUACAACUCUUAAUGGAUAAAGUAUAAAUUAAUAUAAUAUCCAUAUUCAUAGUUUAA